AUGGAAGAAAACAUAUUCGUUAUGCCAUGGUGGCAACAGGGGCUGUUUAUUACAGCCUUCGUUACGCUGCUGUUGGUAGCCACAGUUGGUAAUUCAAUUGUGAUUUGGAUCGUGUUAGCCCAUAAGAGAAUGAGAACAGUAACGAAUUACUUCCUGGUUAAUUUAGCAGUGGCCGAUGCUCUGAUUUCUGUACUUAAUACAUUAUUUACAUCAACAUUUCUGAUGUAUCAAGAUUGGUGGUAUGGAUUAGUAUGGUGUAAAUUUACAACAUUUAUUUCAGUAUGUACUGUGGCAGCCAGUGUUCUUACUUUAAUGGCUAUUGCUAUAGAUAGAUAUUUGGCAAUUGUUCACCCUCUACGUCCAAGACCUACAAGUCGAGUAGUCUUAGCCAUUUCCUGUAUUUGGUCUGUCUCAAUAUUAUUGGCUUCACCUAACCUGUUAUAUGGUAACGAAGUGUUCUAUGCUAAUUCUACACAGAUUACAUGUACCUUAGUCUGGCCUGAUGGUCAACCUUCAGUUAGUGAUAUAGAUUUAUGGUAUAAUGUUGUUGUCAUCAUAGUUUCCUAUGUUGUUCCAAUGUUAAUCCUGAUAAUAACAUAUUCUCGCGUUGGAAUUGAGCUAUGGGGACAGAAGGCUAUAGGAGAAAAUACACAUGUACAGUAUGACCGUAUUCAGUCAAAGCGAAGGGUGGUAAAAAUGAUGAUAUUCGUGGUGAUUGUAUUUGGUAUAUGCUGGCUGCCAUACCACUUGUAUUUCUUGAUAGUCUCUGCAAUAAAAGAAAUAUCACUCAACAGAUAUAUGCAACAAGUGUAUCUAGUGAUUUAUUGGAUAGCAAUGAGCAACUCCAUGUACAAUCCUAUCAUUUACUGUUGGAUGAAUAAUAGAUUCAGGCAAGGUUUCGUUGAGGUGUUUUGUUCCUGUCCGUGCAGGCCUUGUAAAAAACUGAAACAGAAACAUGGCCAAGGAACCACUUUUACAGCAGUCGGAACUUAUGCAAUGACAGAAAAAUAUCAAGAAAGAAAUGGGUCUGUUCUGCAAUCAGUAACAUACUACAAUGGACAUCAGACCAAGAAAAAUGGUACAGAAAAAUUGGAAUGUUUUAGUGAAGAUGAAUAUUGUUUGUAA